UUUGCUUACAAAUGCAGUCUACACAGGGAAGGCAACUCAAAGAAGCCAACGAGGCGAAAACAAAGGUGCCGGAAAGCAUCAAGUGAGGCCUCCGGUGGCAUCAACUCUUUCUCAUACCGAGACUUUUCAGCCAACAACCCCGGAAACAGCCCUGGGGUUGGGCAUUCAUUUGGAACGAAAGAUCAUAGCAUGGAAGAAGUGGAGGCUGGGAAACCGGAUGGAUUUCAGCCCACCUCACCGGGUCACAGUCCCGGAGUUGGCCAUUCUAUUGGAAAUUAA